CGCGGGGCUUUGCCUCUCUCCGCCUCCUCGGGCCUGCAGACCGGAAGGAGUCCGUUCCGGGGGCUUCUGGGAAACGGCUUGUAAGCGGUGUUUCUGCGUCUGCCUUGGACAGCGAAGCUGCUGCGGUUCCUGAGCCAGAGGAGUACCUGUGAAGAAAACAGGACAUUUUUUUGAGGAUUUUAUCCUGCCUUUAUUGUCUUUUCUUGAAGUAUUACAAAUCAGGAUGUCUGCACAGUCAGUGGAAGAAGAUUCAAUACUUAUCAUCCCAACUCCAGAUGAAGAGGAAAAAAUUCUCAGAGUGAAGCUGGAAGAGGAUCCUGAUGGUGAAGAGGGAACAAGUAUCACCUGGAAUCAUCUCCCUGAUCCAGAGGUUUUCCGACAGCGAUUCAGGCAAUUUGGAUACCAGGAUUCACCAGGGCCCCGUGAAGCAGUGAGCCAGCUCCGAGAACUUUGCCGUCUAUGGCUCAGGCCAGAGACGCACACAAAAGAACAGAUCUUGGAACUAGUGGUGCUGGAGCAGUUUGUUGCUAUCCUGCCCAAAGAGCUACAGACUUGGGUUCGAGAGCAUCAUCCAGAGAAUGGAGAAGAGGCAGUGACAGUGCUGGAGGAUUUGGAGAGUGAACUAGAUGACCCUGGACAGCCGGUUUCUCUCCGUCGACGGAAAAGAGAAGUACUAGUAGAGGAGAUAGUAUCUCAAGAAGAUGCUCAGGGAUUGCCAAGUUCUGAGCUUGAUGCUGUGGAGAACCAGCUCAAGUGGGCAUCCUGGGAACUCCAUUCCUUAAGGCACUGUGAUGAUGAUGCUCGGACUGAAAAUGGAGCACUAGCUCCAAAACAGGAAAUUCCUUUAGCAGUAGAAUCUCAUGAAGUUCCUGGUACUCUCAAUAUAGGUGUUCCUCAGAUUUUUAAAUAUGGAGAAACCUGUUUCCCAAAGGGCAGGUUUGAAAGAAAGAGAAAUCCCUCUCGGAAGAAACAACAUAUAUGUGAUGAAUGUGGAAAACACUUCAGUCAAGGCUCAGCUCUUAUUCUCCAUCAAAGAAUCCACAGUGGGGAGAAACCUUAUGGCUGUGUUGAGUGUGGGAAGGCAUUCAGCAGAAGUUCCAUCCUCGUACAACAUCAGAGAGUCCAUACUGGAGAAAAACCUUACAAAUGUCUUGAAUGCGGGAAAGCCUUUAGCCAGAAUUCUGGGCUUAUUAAUCAUCAGAGAAUCCAUACUGGGGAGAAACCUUAUGAAUGUGUUCAGUGUGGGAAAUCUUAUAGUCAAAGCUCAAAUCUUUUUAGACAUCAGAGAAGACACAAUGCAGAAAAACUUCUGAAUGUUGUGAAAGUUUAAGAAGUCACACACACACACACACACACACACACACACACAAAUCAGCACUCAGGUCUUUUUCUUCAGAAAUGAAGACACAGUUAAAAACAUGAAGUGAUAUAGAAUAGUUUUUUUCCCUAUUGACUGUCAGAAAAUCCACUGGGAAAUAUAAAAAAGUCUUCAUUCACCAUUAUUAUUUUAUCUUGGGAAAAAAUGGUGUUAUACCUGCCUGGAAACUGAAAUUUUAAACUUAAUUCAGGUGUUAAUGCCUAAUUUCUCCAUGUGAUGUUUAUAUUCUCUAUUUUUUCCAAAUAAUGAACUACCUGAUUGUUUUUCCCUUUCUUUUAAGUUUUAUUUCCUAGACAAAUACCUUAUUUCUAUGUUGAUCAUUGAAAUGUUCUUUGUAAGGAUACAUUCCUUUCUACUUUUAAAGGGUAACGUAGGAACUAUAAAGUCUCAAAACCAUCUUUUUAAAAUAUAUCUUUCUGUUUUACCUAAUUAGAAUAUACUUUUGAGAAAACAGAAGAUAAAGAAUGGCUGAAAGCAUCAAAAUAAAAGGAGCCUUAAGAUCUCAGAUAAGUGAUGGUGAUAAAAUCUCAAAAAAGUGAAUGGAAUGUCUAGGUUGGGAAGAUAUACAAAUACUUUGAUCUCUGCAUUGAAAUGUAGGAAUUUUAAGUAUAGUCCAUCUCCCACAGGAAACUGACAAACUGCUCAUUGUAUCUUAUUGGGGCCUGUUAACUAAUGAAAAUAUUUUCCCAUUUAUUAUUUAAAAGUAGUUUAACAAUAAUUGUAGAAGUGUUAAGGUAGAAAUUUUAACACUAAAAAUGGCAGUAUUGAAAGGCAAAUGUAAACACAAGUUAAUGGUCUGACUUGGCUUUUGGGAAAAGAGACUCAAAAGAUCUAAUUAAUCAUUCUUUUGCCUUCAUCUUUAUUAAAGACAGAUGAUUACCUAACAAGGCAUCAUGUAUCAGGUUUGCUAUUUUUAUUCCUAUGGUACAAAAGGGUUGAACACCAGGCUAAAGCAGCCAUGCAUUUAUUAUUAAAACAUUUUCUACCGACAAGGCACUGUGCUAGGUACUGUAAUCCUACCAUUAAGUUGGUAGGUGUUUCUUCCACUGUAAAUCUUAGGGGAUUUAAUAUAAAGCUGUUUCAUGUAGUUACCCUCUUUUCCCCUGUCAGCAUUCCCAGGAAUGUCACCUCUGAGAUUCCCAGAGCCAUAGUUCUCUUACCAGGGUGUUGUAUUUGGAGGGGGAUGAGGAAUCAGCUCAAAGAGCUAGCCAGCUCUCCAGCAUUCUUCAGAGUACGUUUUAGGUGGCAUAUUUGGAAGACUGCUGGGAUGACAGGAUUCUUGUAUCAGAGUAGGUGAGCACGUGUCCUGGCCUCAGUCCCACAGCUCCCUAGCAGCAGCUGUUAAAAAAUGCGUGUGUAGUUUAAGCCAGGCUAAGGAGAGCCCUCAACAGAACUGCUAAAACUACUGGAAGAAGGCUUCACAGAGAUCCCAGGAACCAAGGACCACUGGAGCUUGAAUUUGUACUAUGUGGAGAAAGCCUGUCUGAGGAGAAACUUGGAGGCCAACUAAAAUGGAAAGAGAAAGUUCUGAUGUCAUUUUUCUGGAGGCCCUAGAUCCAGCUGUGCCUAAAGCCUGCCCUACCUCUGGACUUUAAAGUUUUGUGAGCCAAUAAAGUCCCUUUCUUGUUUAAGAUAA